AGGCUUGCUGCAGUCGUAGGCCCAACGCGAUCUGCCGAGCAUCACAUCUCAUGGAGGAGGAGCAGGCCAUGGAGCUCGAGGCGCUCGAGGCGAUCUUCAUGGACGAUUUCAAGCUCCUCGACGGCGCUGAUCCGCCCGGCUUUGAGCUGACGCUCGUGCCGGAGGCCGGCGGCGACGAGAACCACGUUUCGGUGGUCCUGCACGUCCGGUUCCCUCCAGCCUACCCCGAGUCGGCGGCGCCGCUGCUGUCGGUCCGUGGCGUGCUCGGGCUGAACGACGAGCAGGUGGGCGAGUGCGAGGCGAUGCUGCGCGCCGCCGCGGCGUCGGACGAGCUGGCCGGCAGCGCGAUGGUCUACUCCCUCGCCGAGCAGGCGCAGGGCUGGCUGCGCGACCGGAACGAGCCGGAGGUGGACAUGCACACGGCGAUGCUCGCGCGGCAGCAGGCGAGCGCGGCGGCGUGCGGGGGAGGCGAGGCGGAGUGCUUGGCGGACGCGCCGAGCGGCGGCGCCAGCGGCCGACGCAAGGGCCCCGAGGGCGUGGGAGAGGGGUCGUGGCGUGCGGACCCGGCCGCCGCGGCCCUGGGUGGCGCGUUUACGCCGGUGACGCCAGAGUCUUUUGCGGCGUGGAGAGCGGAGUACGACGCGGAGCAGAAGGAGCGGGCGCUCGAGCGCGCCGCCGCGCUCUCGAAGCGACGCGGCGGCGGCGGCGGCGGCGGCGGCGGCGGCGGCGGCGGAGGAGCGGUCGGUCAGACGGGGCGGCAGCUGUUUGAGUCCAAGGGCGCGGUGUUGGUGGCGGAGGACGCCGGCGACCUGGGCGAGGGGGAGGAGGACGUGAUGGCGGCGCGGCGCGAGGGCAGCGACGGCGCGGCCUCCGAGCAGGAGGGCGAGGGCGAGGGCGAGCUCGAGGCGACGCUGCUCGAGGCGGUGGGCGACGCGAACCUGUUUGACGACGACGACCUCGACGACCUCCCCGACGACUGACAGGCCGCGGGCGGGGCGCAGCCGUCCCUUCCCGGCGGUGGGCUCUGAGCUCUCUCUCUCUCCCUGUCGUUGCCGUCCUUUGGAGUUUUAUUUCCGACGACCGGAGAGAGCAGAGAGACCGAGAGAGAGCGGCGAGAGAGAGAGAUAGGUAUGAGAGAUAGAGUUGACCUGUUGUUGGCCUCAUAUCGAUUUAUGAC